GACUGUGCCCGUAUGUCAAAUUUGUUGUGUAUGUCAAAAUGUAAUUGCGUUGUACAGCUGUUAUCAAUUAACAAUAACCAGAGGUUGAAGGGCAGUGUGUCAGCUUUCCAAAAUGAAAACCAUCGAGGCGAAAAUCGUGGUUUUGGGCGCUCAAGGUGUAGGUAAGACUAGUAUGGUUGUCAGAUAUAUUGGUAAAAUGUUCAGCCAUCAUAUCAGCCCAACAAUUGGAGCAUCGUUCUUCACAUGCAAAAUAAAUAUUGAAGAUACAAGAGUAAAGCUGCAGGUUUGGGACACUGCUGGUCAAGAGAGAUUCAGAUCCAUGGCACCCAUGUACUACCGCAAUGCGAAUGCUGCCCUCCUUGUGUUUGACAUCACACAAUAUGACUCUUUCUUGUCUGUCAAAUCAUGGGUGAAAGAAUUGCAGAGGAAUGUUGAUGAACCAAUGGUGUUGAGUGUUGUUGGAAACAAAAUUGAUCUGUCAGAUGGGAGGAAGGUAUCUAAAGAAGAGGCCUCAGCAUAUGCAGAGUCUAUAGGUGCGCGGUACUUUGAGUCAUCUGCUUUACAGGAUGAAGGUAUUGAGGAAGUAUUUUUGAAUACGGCAGUGGGUCUCAUACGUCUUUGUGAAGACUCCUCAUGUUCCAGCCUCAGAGUGUACGACUCCUCAGAAAGAAUGAGCCCACGGACCAAUGUUUUUCAUGAUCCUGCUUCUCCACCUUCACCACCAACUGUUACUCAACCGGUAGUUCAUACAGAUGUGCCUUUUGUACCAGCACAAGCUGAAGUAGAACGUUCUCCUUUCUGUUGUUGAAUGGCUUCAGUCAUGUUGCAUUUUAUUGUAAUCAAAAUGACUGAUUCCACAUGGUUACCCUAACGUUUCACAAGUACGAAAUAUUAGUGAAAAC